ACCUCUGAUCUCAGAAGGAAGAACGCUCAACUGCUGCACCGGAGUUUUCAGCUCUGAAAAGGGAAGUGAAAAUCUCGAUUAGUUAGGGUUUGAGGAAAUGGGGUUCAUCAUGGAGUUUGCGGAGAAUUUGAUUUUGAGGUUGAUGGAGGAUCCGAAGGAGAGGGAUAGAAAGUUUAGGGAGCACGUUUACUCUACCAAGGAUCGAUGCAACAAAACCAAGGAGAUGUGGAGUUAUCCUCUGCGUCCUUAUGGGUUCUGGACGUUUGAGCGUCACAAUGCUCAGCUCCGCUGGGAUGCCCAGAUUAGCCAGGUCCCAGGUCGUCGGGACCCCUAUGAUGACCUUCUUGAGAAGAGCUAUGACACCUCUUCCACAUGAAGGUGUGAUUUUCACCCUUUUGAUGGUUUUGGGAUGUUGGAUAUUGCAUGUUUUGAUCAUGUCUGUGAUGGUUUAUUUAUUUUUCAAUUUGUGUUGCAAUGCAAGCAAUGCACAUGAGCAUUAUGGAACAGUGUAAUAUAGUAUGGUUGGUUAAAUUAUAGCUGGGUUUGGAAUAUAUUUCGUUGCAAUGAACUGUUGUGUCCAUC